AUGAACACACAAACCCCACCACUUCAAAAUGCAUAUACCACCACCGCUUCUGCUCCCAUGUAUCAUCCCGUAAGUUCAACGCCGCCACAACGAGUUCCACCUGCAAACACGAGAACACAAGGAACGCAAACUCAUCCACCCCAAAGUCGAAACACACCGUUAUCUCUCGCUGCUUCAUCCUCAUCACCGGGAUCUUCAAUGCGAAGAGAUCGAAAGCUGAAACGACCAAUGAAUGCUUUCCUGAUUUAUAAUAAAGAAAUGCGUCCAAAAGUCUUGGAAUCGAACCCUAAUAUGACUGUCGCAGAAAUUUCUAAAACUAUCGGGGAUAGUUGGAGAAGCAUGAAUGAGGAGGAACGGGAGAAAUAUUUAUCUCGUGCCAGAGACUUAAAAGAAGAUUUUCACAACUCCCACCCAGAGUUUGUAUAUACACGUCGCUCAAAAGCAGAACUUGCCGCCGCUGGUCAUCACAGUUAUUCGAAGAAACGCCCCUACGAUUCUUCUGGCUCUGACGACGAAGACUCACGCCACCCUUCUUCCUCACGUAAAGAUCAUCAUAAUCAUCAUGUAGGUGCUUCCGGAAAUGCUUCGUCAGCAAAUCACAAGGACCCUCGUGGUCGCAAGAAAAAACGGACUCGACAUCCCACUGCGCCAAAACAUCCCAUGUCUGGUUUUUUGUUUUAUGCGUCUGAUAUGCGCCCAUCGAUCACUGAACAACACCCAGGCAGUACUGUUGGUCCGAUUAGUAAGAUUAUUGCGGCCGAAUGGCGAAAAUUAUCUGCAGAAGAAAAAGCACCGUGGGAACAGAAAGCUGCGGCUGAUAAAGCACGAUACGCACGAGAAAUGGAGGCAUAUUUGCAGUCGCAAAAAGAAGAUGAAUAA